GUCACGUGGCCGCCAGGCUGGAUCAGCUGACAUUAUUAGCCUGCUAGCUUCUCCUUUCGACGCUCCUCCGUCGUCCCUCCGCUAGAUAGCUCUCCCUCGGCCAUUAGAACUCCUUUUAUAUCUUCUCUGGCCUCUUAUUGCCACAAGUGAGACAGGGCUCGUCCGCUUGUUUGCUCGCACUCCGCCGAAUCGAUGCUGCUGGAGUGGAUGAUGAACGGACACGCCAUUCUUUACACCGGCCUGACUUUGGCCUUCUGGACCACCAUCCUGGUCGUCGGUUUAUGCUACACUAUAUUCGAUCUAGGAUUCCGCUUUGAUGUGGCAUGGUUCCUCACAGAAACCUCACCCUUCAUGUGGGCCAAUCUGGGCAUCGGCUUGGCCAUCUCGCUGUCUGUUGUAGGAGCAGCUUGGGGAAUCUACAUCACUGGCUCCAGCAUCAUUGGAGGAGGUGUCAAGGCUCCCCGAAUUAAAACCAAGAAUUUAGUCAGCAUCAUUUUCUGUGAAGCCGUUGCCAUCUACGGCAUCAUCAUGGCCAUUGUCAUCAGCAACAUGGCCGAGAACUUCAGUGGAACGACUCCUGAGACCAUCGGGGCCAGGAACUACCAAGCUGGUUACUCCAUGUUUGGGGCGGGUCUGACUGUGGGCUUCUCCAACCUCUUCUGUGGCAUUUGUGUGGGCAUCGUGGGCAGCGGGGCGGCGCUGGCAGACGCCCAGAACGCCAGCCUCUUCGUCAAAAUCCUCAUUGUGGAAAUCUUCGGGAGCGCCAUCGGCCUGUUCGGUGUUAUUGUAGCCAUUUUGCAGACGUCAAAAGUAAAGAUGGGCGACUAGAAGAAGUGUCGGCGACACCAGGAGGUGGACCACUACGACUCUGCUGGAAAAUAAAAUGGAUUAUUGUGUAAAUACAGCAUAAAUUAUUUGAAUGUUCUCUCCGCUGUGUAAACCAUUAUUUAAAAGAAGAGGUGCACAAACUGUGUGUCGUACUGAAUGGUGGUUUAAAAAAACCCACGCUACAGUAUUUGACGUGUGUGUGUGUGUGUGUGUGUGUGUGUGUGUGUGUGUGUGUGUGUGUGUGUGUGUGUGUGUGUGUGUGUGUGUGUGUGUGUGUGUGUGUGUGUGUGUGUGUGUGUGUGUGUGUGUGUGUGUGUGUGUGUGUGUGUGUGUGUGUGUGUGUGUGUGUGUGUGUUCCUGUGAUGUGCGUGUUGUGUUCAUGACUUGCCUGGUCUGUUCCUUUUCUUUCCUGUUGAGCUUUCAUCUUAACCUGAAGACUUUUCACAAGAAAAGAUGAGAUGAUGGAGUUGUGAUUGUUUACAGCUAUGUCCAAAUUUGCAUAAAAAGUUAGAAUAGUGUAAACAUCCAUUUUUGAAACCUUUUUUCUUUUACAAAUGUCCAUCAUUACAUGCAGAACUGUACUUAAUUGGAGUCUUUCCUUUUGUACAUCAAUAUUCAUUCCAAUGGAUCUUUAGCUUCUGCUCAUUGUUUUGUGUUAUUGUCAAAUAAACUUUAGUUUUGUGGCUGCUUUUA